AUGGACAGUGAGCUAUCUGACGCAGUAGUGGCCAGCCCGCUCACACCCACCGUCUUCAACAAUCUCCACAUGAAGCGCAAGACGUACAAAAUGUACAUCUUCACCGUGACUGAUUCGUUCAUCUACGACUACGAAUUUGGCUUCCACGACCCCAACCAGAUCUACUAUGUCAAGCUCAAUCAGGUGAUCAUCAAUGACAAAACGCGAACGAUCAUCCAGUAUGAUCCCAAUGCGCAACGCUGCACCCUCAAGUUCGACCUGGGCGGAGGUGUGAUCAAGGUCUUCGCUUUCAACUUUGCCUUUCUCGGUCGCAUGAACACAGGAUUCGUCGUCACUGCGCUCGCCAAUUAUCCCGACACAUCGAAGGUGGAGGGAAGCGUGACUCAUGAUCUCCAAACAGCCAGAGGCUUCAACGGCUCCACGAUCGAGACACAACCUUUCGAAAUGACGGUCUACGAGGGUACGACCCCGAUUCGCUACGACUUCGAAUUUGCUUUUAGAUUUCCUCAAUCGAUCUAUUAUGUCGACUUCCAGACUUAUUACGUAGAUGACGCCGUUGUCACCUUUCAAAGCUAUGGCAUGACGUGCUAUUACGCCGGUCAGACUCGCGACAUUUGGAAGAAAUCAGAUUACAUCGCUUGA